GGUACUUUCCGCGUUCUGCUUGUCUAUCGCGCUUUUAAUCAUUCGCGGAUUUCUCUAUGAAAUAUUCAUCAAGAUGCACUAUAUCUUUGCCCUGACGACAUUGGUUGCCGUUUGGCGUCACGUAUGCCUCCUGAAGGCUUUUGCCCAGAUAUACAUGGUAGUUGGCAGUGGCAUCCUUAUUGGACCACCCUGCUGCAUUAGGCCAAACUCCUUGUGCAGGAUGUCACGCUUAAAUAAUUUGGCUCAAGAGCUCAGGUUCACAGGGGUGACAGCUGGGCUCAGAUAGUCAUACCUGUCAAUCAGCCCUUUACUGUUCAUGCUGGCAUAACAGUCUAUAUUUAGAUGCCCGGGGUUAGCCCCUUGUUGAUGUUUUAUAGUCAUCCGUCCACAGUGCCAUGGUAGGAACUGAACAAGCAAGGGAAGGUGAUGAGCAUUUCCAUUCUGGUCCAGAAGAAGGAUGGGUUUACACGGAGCCUUAUAGACUAUCUGGGCAAAGAGUUCCUCACAUGGAUUGACAGGCCAUACAGUGAAUAGAUUCGCCUCUAGUCAUAUAAUAACGUCCUUCUAGUUGCGUCAGGAAUUGGAAUAGCUGCUCAUAUUCCUUAUAUCUGGGAGCUGCUCAACCAUCACCCAAAACAUAUAUUUGUGGCGUGGGAGCUUGAUGAU